AUGCCUCUUUAUGUCUUUCAGAUUGAGAAUGCUGCGUCAUUGGAUGAUCUGCGAGACAGUAUUUUAAGACACAGCACAAUGUUGCAGACAGCUUGCUGUCUUAGACAUGUGGCUGCUGUCGAACAAAAAAAAGAGAUUGUGGCAGACUACCUCCAUUGGCACGUCAUUGACCGCAACUCCUCUGUAAUUGACAGAUUCAAAGAUGGUCUGUCAGCCCUUGAGUUUCUUGGUGCACUGAAGCAACACCCUGCUUUGCUGACCCCUGUCCUGUGCCACGUCGACAAGAAACUCACUGGCUUAGACCUUGAGAGGGUCUUCAAACCUGAUCUCAGUCCUUCAGGAAGUAACAGAAGACUGAAAGAAAACCAAACAUUGGCCUACUGGGCAGACUAUCUUCUGGAUUGUGAAGAAGGAGAGGCUGCUGUGUCUGUGGAGGACGUGUUGAUGUUUUCAACUGGACUGAGAUCCCUUCCCCCAGCUGGCUUAGACCCACUUCCACAAUUAGAGUUCCUAGAUAACUCGCCAUUUCCAAUGGCAAACACUUGUGGAAAUGUCUUAAAACUACCACUCCUAGAUUCUUACGGAGUGUUUAAGACACAAAUGGACUUUGGAAUGCAAAAUAGUCCAGGAUUUGGCUGUUUUUGACUUCACAACCUAACCCUAGAUCCCUGAGACUAGUUUAAUGUUUGUUUUUUUCAGUUAACAUGAAAAAUAAUGGAUCUAAAACGAUUAGCAUUGUUAUUUGUUUAAUUGCCACUUUGGAAAAUUGAAACUGGGUGUCAAAUUCAGACACUUUGUGUACAUUUACAAUAAACCUGCAAUCAAUUCAGA